CCGCCGCCGGAGGGAGGCAGCAGACUCCGGCGAUGGCGGCGGCAGCGGGCAGUAGACGGCAGCGGCCUGGAAAACAAAUCGUGGCUACUUGCCGAGACCGAAGGAGAGCCUUCGGUAGCUGAGCCGCACUCGGUUAAUUCCUCAUUUCGGUUCAGUUUCGGCUCGCACGAGGAGGCUGAGCUCGAUGCGACGCCGGCCACCGCGGCGACAGUGUUGCUUCUUGUGAGCCUGGAAGACGAAAGGGAUGCAACGGCUGAAAAACGGGAGCAUGAUCCGGCGUUGCUAGUCACCAGAGAUUGGCAGUUAUGGCGGAGUCUAGAAUCUGUAGAACGGAGCAUCGGUCCUGUUGCCGGCGGGUUGGUUCGGUUCAGCUACGCACAGAUCCGGUCUGCUACUCAGGACUUUCACAAAGGAAGGGAAUUGGGGAGAGGGGCUUUGAGCAGGGUCUACAAGGGGAGAAUAAGCAACGGGCUCCGGCGACCGGCGGUGGCGAUAAAGAGAGUGGAUGGAUCCGAGAGGGAGAGGGCAAAGGCUUUUUGCCGCGAGCUAUUAAUUGCAAGCUCCCUAUCUAGCCCCCAUGUUGUUCCACUCCUCGGCUAUUGCAUUGAAAAAGAGGGACUUUUUCUUGUUUACAAGUAUAUUUCUGGAGGGAGUUUGGAUCACCAUCUCCAUCAAAACGGAAAGAGGCGAAAGGUGCUGCCUUGGGAGGUAAGGUACAAGGUGGCGGUAUGUUUGGCUCGUGCGGUGGAGUACCUGCAUUUCUGCACCGACAAGUGUGUAGUGCACAGAGAUAUAAAGCCUUCAAAUAUUCUUCUUUCCUCUAAGAAACGUCCAAUGCUCUGUGAUUUUGGGCUGGCUACAUGGACACAUGGUCCAUCCCUACCUUUCCUUUGCAAAGCAGUCAAAGGAACCUUUGGUUAUUUGGCUCCUGAGUACUUCCAAAAUGGCAAACUUUCAGAUAAAACAGAUGUUUAUGCAUUUGGAGUUGUCCUCCUAGAAUUGAUCACUGGUCGGAAAGCGCUCGACCAGAAUAGACCUCAAGGAGAUGAAAACUUGGUCGUAUGGGCGAAGCCACUUCUGCUUCAAGGUGAUGAUGCCAUCGAGAAGUUGGUUGAUCCGAGUUUAAUACCGUGGUCGUACCGCAGGAGGGAGAUGUUCCAAAUGGUUCGAGCAGCUAAUGCGUGUUUAAGUUGUGAAGAUUCGACGAGACCGAGCAUUGAUUUGGUGCUUGCAAUGCUGCUGGGGGAAGAAGGGACUGCUUGCAGCGAAUGGUCUUUGUUUAGCAGCAAUGGCUGCCUCACAGGUUACGGCUCACAGUUUCAUGAAGCACGAGAGAGAAGUGAUAUGGGAGGUCAUUUAGCUCUUGCUAUGCUCGGUAUUUCUGAUAAUGAAGAAGAUGAUACUUAUGGUCGUUAAACCUUUAUUUUAUUUUAGUUACUAAUUUUCUUCUAUGGCGAAGAAAGUUUGUCAGGGGAGCUUGCAGCAGAGGAUCC